ACAACAAAACAACAGCAGCAGCAGCAACAUCAGCGCAAUAAACGCAUAAUAAAUGCAAAUAAACAGUUCCAUAGCCACAAAAGUGAUAAUCAAAAGCAUAAGCAAAAAAAGCAACAGCAAAGCAAGCGUGGCAACUGCGGCCACAAAGCAGCCGACGGCAACAAAUCGGAGCUCUCCUCGCGCUGGUGCUCCAUCGAGGAGCAGCUAAAUGUGCUAGAUAAUCUCCUCCACUACGAUGAGCAGGCAGAGCUCUAUUUAGCACAACUCUACCACAAUUAUCAACAAGUCCAGCACUCGACUGUUGGGGACAGUGACUCGCAGAUUUCGGACAACUGGAGCUGGAGUGACUACGACCUGGACAUGUCACAGAACAACAGUGUCGACGACGACGCGCUGUCCAGCACCAGCGGUGCGGGCAGCCACAGCACCAACAAUUCCAAUACUUCGCCGCUGGUGCCGUCCUCUCUUAAGCGGCGAGGUCAUCAGCAUCAUCCACGUUUUGCGGGUACACGGCGUCCCAAUGUGCCCAAUGUCCAAGAAAUACUGGCGGCCCUCUACCGCGGCGACUCCAAGGGUGUGCUGUCCAAUCUGCGCGGCGAGACGCAGCCGCAGACAGAAGCAGACGUAGAGGUUGACCAGCCCGCCGCUGUGGUUAGCCGCAGCACACUCAGCCUGCCGCUGAGUGAAUCGGUGACAAACUCUCUGGGCAGCAACAGCCCAACCCCGACCGAUGAGAGCAGCAUGCUGGACGAGACGAGCGCAACGCCAGCAACAACAAAGAGCGCUGCAGCCGAACAGGAGCCACUGGCUGCCACUGUCAAAAAGAAGAAGAAGCGCGACAAAGGCGACAAGGAGAAAUCGGAGCGCAAGAAGAAAGCCUCAUCGUCAUCUGGUGGCAAACGUGAGCGGAGCAAACGCCAGGGCGGCAGCGGCGGCAUCAUGGACGUCAGCAGCGACAGCAUUGCCACAGAUCUCAGUGCGGGCGCCAUUGAUGAGGGCAUUGUGCUGAACACCGAGGAUGAGGAUACACAGGCGCAGGAAUGGGCCAAACUGCGCUGCACCAGCGAAGCGGCUGAGAUUGUCGCCGAACGGGAGGCGCGUCGCAACAAAGGACGCUGCGCCGAUUAUCCGGGCCUGGCAUUCGGGCGCUCCAUCUUCAGCUCCGACACAAUGAUGAAGUUCAACAUAAUACGCAAUGAGCUGCACAACAUCAUGAAUACGCAGCUGAAGCGGGUAAUUAGCGGUGUGGGGAGGGGGAGGGGGUGCUCCAAUUCAUAUACAUAUACACAUGUAUUAUCACUAAUCAUAUUUAUAUUUCUUUCUCUUCAAGCAGCCUUUGUUGUCGCCCCUCAGAAAGCGUUUUAGCCUGAGCAAAAAAGU